AUGGCACAUCCCUCCCAACUAGGUUUUCAAGAUGCAGCUUCACCUGUAAUAGAAGAACUUCUUCACUUCCACGACCAUGCCUUAAUAAUUGUUUUUCUAAUUAGCACAUUCGUGCUUUAUAUUAUUGUGGCUAUAGUAACAACCAAGCUAACUAAUAAAUUUAUCCUAGACUCCCAAGAAAUCGAAAUCAUUUGAACCCUGCUCCCAGCUAUUAUCCUGAUUCUCAUUGCCCUCCCCUCCCUACGCAUUCUCUAUCUUAUAGAUGAAAUUAACGACCCUCAUCUUACAAUUAAAGCAAUAGGUCACCAGUGAUACUGAAGUUACGAGUAUACUGACUAUGAAGACCUCGGCUUUGACUCAUACAUAAUCCCCACACAAGACUUAGCCCCAGGCCAAUUCCGCCUUCUAGAAGCAGACCAUCGAAUAGUAGUACCAGUUGAAUCCCCCAUCCGGGUCCUAAUUUCUGCCGAAGAUGUACUUCACUCCUGAGCCGUCCCAAGUCUGGGGGUAAAAAUAGACGCCGUCCCAGGACGCUUAAACCAAACAGCAUUUAUUGCCUCCCACCCCGGAAUCUUUUAUGGCCAAUGCUCUGAAAUUUGCGGCGCAAACCACAGCUUUAUGCCUAUUGUGGUAGAAGCGGUACCACUAGAACACUUUGAAAACUGAUCCUCCCUAAUACUUGAAGACACUU